AUGUGUUGGUUCUUCACGAAGCUGAGAGAAGUAAUUGAGGACAUCGAGAACCUUGCAUUUGUGACUGACCGGGGGCAGUCAAUAAUAAAUGGUAUAGCUAAAGUUUUUUCGGAAGCACAUCAUGGUUAUUGCAUGUAUUACAUUCAGAGCAACCUGAAGACUAGGCACCGGGGCAGUGACAUCGUUGCAUUGUUUAGAAGAGCUACAGAAAUUUAUGGCUUUGAAGAGUUUAUGAAGUUCGUGGGCGAAAUAGAACAUCAAUCAGAAAGUGCAUGCAAGUUGCAACAAUGGUUUUAUGAUCGACGUGAGGAAUCCCAGAAUUGCACGAGUGUGCUAGCUUCGGCGCAAAAAGAUCGACUAUUCAAAACUCUGAAAGUGGCAAAAGCUCUAUUUGUGGAACCACUAGAUCAAUUUUGCUUCUCUGUGAAAUGCAGGCGUAAUGUUGGAUACAUUGUAGACUUGAAUGACAAUACCCGCACAUGUAGACAAUUUCCGUUAGAGAGUUUGCCAUGUGCGCAUGCUGUCGCAGUGACUAUGCAUAGAGGAUUUCCACCAUACAGCUUAUGCAGUCAUUAUUACAUGGUUGAUUUUUGGAGAGCAGCGUAUACCGAAACUAUAUUUCCUCUAUCAAAUGAAGUUGAGUUGAAAGUUCCAGAUUAUAUUGUAGCACUUAAUAAUUUGUUGCCACCUGAAGUUCCACCGCGUACUCCUAGAUGUAGACAGACGUCUAGAAUACCAUCUACAGAAAAGUUUCCACAACUGCGUAAGUGCGGGAGGUAUUUCUUUACUUAA